AUGAAUCGGGAUUAUUCAAACUCGAUUUCGAAGAUUCUAAUGAUUUCUCUUCAUGAAUCUGUGGUUCAGGCCGAUCGUGGAAUAAUGGAGAAUCACAAUGACACACUUGUUGCAUUUGAUUUAAAGGAUUUUUACCCAGUAAGUGUGAUUCAGAUUGAGAUUCAUAAGAACAGCGAUAAUAGUGAAAUCGUGGAACUUCUUUAUAAUAUUGAUAAUGAUCCAAAUUCUUCGUCUGUAAAUGGGAACUAUGAUUUCGAGAGCAGAGGCAGCCUCGCAUAUUAUUUAGCUUUCACCGUUAUUGAGUGA